GAACAGAAACCAUUUCAUUUUACUCUAGGUGGGUUCGGCUUGCUCCGAGUGGCUCCAUUCGCACUCCAGCCCUUCGGGUAUUGCUUUUUUACCGUAUUAGGGGUGACUCCAUUAGCUCUGUUCACUCCACUCCAACUCCGCGCUGAAUAGCCGAACCCAGCUUUCUGUAUUUCCCCCUCUAAAACCUAGAACAAGUUUGUAAACGGUACACUUUCCAAAGCAAGAUGGCGCCACUUGGCAGAUCCCCUGUUGUAGAUCCGCUCUUAAAAUUCAAUAUUUAUUUACACAUGUUCUAAGAUUUUUGAAAAUAUAAUUAAUUGAAACAACAAAUUGCAUUUAAAACUGUAUAAAAUGAAGCUAUUAACUCAUAACAUGCUUACUUCGAAAUGUAUACGCGGUGUCAACGUAGGAUAUCCUCUAGUUAUCAAUAUCAUACGUAACAUGAAACUCUUCACUCACAACAUGCUCACUACAAAAUGUAAAAAAGGAGUGCUUGUUGGUUACCCCUUAAAUAUUAAAGCUUCGGACAUUCGAAUAUCCAGUGUAGACUUCAACCCGGAUUUUAUAUCAAAAAUCAUUCCAAAAAUAGACUGGCCAGUGCUCUAUAGUGCAGCAGAAAGCAUAGGCCAUUCUGAGAAUCUACCGAAAGAGGCUCCACCUGAAGACUAUGAAACCAAUGAAGAUUUCCUAAAAAUCGCCCACAAAGCUUUGCUAGAAGUAGAAGUUGUACAUGGCGAAUUGGUGUGUCCAGAAAGUGGCAGGAAAUUUCCCAUCAACAAUGGAAUACCCAAUAUGCUUUUGAAUGAGGAUGAAAUAUAAUUAUUAACUGUACAAAUUUAUUUAAGACAAUAGAAGAUUUAAUUUCUAGUAA